UGUAAAGAAAAAUCAAAGAUGAACACGGACUCCAUCAUGCAGUCGUAGUUUAUUGCUUUAACGACCAUAGAGUUAAUCACGAUCAUCGAUCCUGCUUCUAUUACACACACUCUCUCUCUUUUUAGAACGAUGUUCAAUCAUAGCUUUGGGAUCAGACCCACAUUAGUUCCUUUUACAUGAUAAUAGUGGGGUUUAAGGGGCUUUUUUUAGUAACAUUUGUGAAGUUUGUUGGGAUUUUCCUUCUAUGAUUGCGCGUUGUUUGAUAAAACCAAGUUUUGCAUGAUUUGACCAGCUGAUUGACAGAACCCCUUUGGCAUGAACCCCUUAUGUUUGCUUUUCCUUGUCCUGUAAAGCUGUUUUGGAACUUGUGUGGUUCAAUCCCUUAUUACUUUUGGAUUUGCAGGAGUGUGUGAAAGUGAAGAUAAAGAUGGAGGCUCAUCUUGCUUCGGUUCAGAAAAAUAUGAAAUCUGAAGGAGAGAUUGUGGAAGCUGCAAUUGUACCUCUGUUGAAACUUAUAGCCCUUACUCUCUUUGGUUUAAUCCUUGCUCACCCAAAAAUUCAACUUGUCCCUAAAGCUACUUUCAAGCUCCUUAGCAAGCUUGUUUUUGCUUUGUUCUUGCCUUGCUUAAUAUUCACUCAGCUUGGUCCAUCCAUUACUCUCAAGGACAUUGUUCAGUGGUGGUUCAUUCCUGUAAAUGUGAUCAUUAGCACUGCCAUUGGUUGCAUAUUGGGAUGCUUGGUGGCGAUUAUAUGCCGGCCACCAAGGGAGUUUGUUCGGUUUACAAUCAUCAUGACUGCAUUUGGCAACACUGGCAAUAUUCCACUUGCAAUAGUUUCGUCGGUGUGUCACAGUUCUGAUGCUCCUUUUGGUCCCGAUUGUUACGGAAAUGGUAUUGCUUAUGUAUCCUUUUCUCAAUGGGUUUCUGUUAUUCUUGUUUACACUCUUGUUUACCACAUGAUGGAGCCCCCAUUGGAGCAGUAUGAGAUUGUUGAUGAAGAGAUUCAGGAAAUGCCUGUUGAUCUCAGUAAUCCACUCCUUGUAGAAGCUGAGUGGCCAGGAAUAGAAGAAAAAGGAACAGAAAAUAGCAAGACACCUGUCAUUGCUAGGCUCUUCAAUAGCAUCUCUAACAUUUCACAAAGAAAUAUUCCUGAUACUGGAACAAUAGAAGAGGGAGGAGAGGAGGGUUGUGAACGUAAUCCCGAGUCCAUUAGGUGCUUGGCAGAGCCUAGGGUGGUUAGAAAGAUUAGAGUGGUUGCUGAACAAACACCAAUUCAUCAAAUUCUCCAGCCUCCAACCAUUGCUUCUUUCUUAGCUAUUGUCAUUGGUGUGAUUCCUGCUCUCAAACAUAUUGUUUACGGUGCUGAUGCUCCGCUUCAGGUUAUCACAGACAGUUUAGAGAUGAUGGCUCAGGCCGCAGUCCCCUCAGUCAUGCUUGUUCUUGGGGGAAUGCUUGGUGAGGGUCCAAAUGAAUCGAAACUCGGGAUUCGGACCACGAUUGGCAUUAUUGUUGCAAGGCUUUUGGUGCUUCCAGUGAUUGGAAUUGGGGUCAUCUAUUUGGCUGAUAAAUGGAAUCUUUUAAUCCCCGGGAACCAUUUGUACCAGUUUGUUCUCUUGCUGCAAUACACAACACCUAGUGCCAUUUUGUUGGGAGCUAUUGCAAGCUUGAGAGGUUACGCAGUUAAAGAGGCUUCAGCACUCCUCUUCUGGCAGCAUGCGUGCGCCGUCGUCUCUCUUUCAAUAUAUAUGAUUGUCUACUUCAAGCUGCUGCUUUCAUACAUCUAAGAGUUAUCAAGGGCCUUUUGCUUUGUUUACCAGCACACAUUGCCUUGCACAAGGCAAAAUGCAUCAGGCAGUUGAGCAUCAAACUAACUUAUAUAACAUGGUGGCCUUCAAGGUAAUCAAAUCCCAUGUAAGAGUGAUCGAAGUUUUAACAAUGAAUAGGAGUAAAUGCCACUCCUUGAGUCAAUUUAAUGAAAAUUAAUAAAGAAUCAAGACUUGUAAGUUGGCUUUUCACUGAUAAUAAACAAUAAAUAUUUGAUGCUUCACUUGAGGGUAAUCAAAUCCCAUAUGAGAGAUUGAAGUUUCAUAUU